CUAUAAUUCACUCUUAUGGCUUUUUCGCCAAAUCCUCUCUCCGACUGUGGGGGUGAUGAACAAACCCUAGAUUGAAAUUGAAGAUUUGAAGAAUCCAUACAUUCAAAGCACUUUAAAGGCUUCUUGGUGAUUAUUGUUAUAUGAUGCCUCCUAAGGGAAGAGAACAUUGUCAAGGUUUACCUCCUGACAUCCUUAGCGACCUUCAUGAUAAUGUUAUCGAUGUCAUUCUGAUGUGUUUGCCUUGUAAAGAUGCUGUGAGGACAAGUGUCUUAUCAAGGAAAUGGAAGUAUCACUGGUGUAGACUUGCAAAGUGGAAGUUUGAUGAAUCUCUUUGGAGCACACAAAAGGAUAAGCUUUACCCUACAGUUAAAUUUAGAAAGACAGUCUACCAGCUUUUGACCCAUCAUGAAGGACCCAUUACUAAGUUUAAGCUCGACAUUACUUACCUGAAAGAAUGUCCUAAGAUUGACAACUUCUUAUAUUUCCUGUCUAGGAAAGACAUUCAACAUCUUGUUCUUCACCUUCCACAGAAAAAAGAUGAACUAUACAAAUUGCCUUCUUCAAUUUUCAUAUGUUCGCAGCUGAGGCAUUUAAAUAUUCAUUAUUGCUCAAUACAUCAUCAUCCAUCGGCCUGUGAAGGAUUUGAUAGUUUAGUCAGGCUGGAACUAUGUAGAGUCAUGAUUUCUUCUGAAUUGCUUGGACAUUUAAUAUCUCAUUGCCCGUUGCUUGAGAAGUUGGUGCUGAAAAUCGCGAAAACAUUAAACGUAACUGAAAUUAAUGCCCCAAUGUUGAGAUCCUUUGAGUUCACAGGCAGUGUAAGUUCUAUCCGUUUAAAGAAUGUCCCUCUUCUGGCAAAAGUAUCUCUGAUAUGUGAAAAUUCUUCUAUGGAGGCAGAGAAGUUUGAUUAUGCAAAGUUUUUCCAGUCUUGUUCUGCUCUUGAGCACCUCUUCUUGAACUUCCGUUAUGGUCAGUUCUUUGCAGAUGAAGCACCAACAAGGCUUCCCUUUUAUCUGAACCGCGUCAAACAUCUUCACCUGUCUCAUGUUGAGCUGAAGGAAUCAUAUACUCGCUCAUGUGCUCUCUGCUUGAUACGAAGCUUCCCACAUUUAGAAUAUCUCAAAAUUGAGGUUUUUAAUACACGGCUGGUUUACAAUGAAGCUGAUAGUGGUAUUCAAGAAUCCCUUGAACUCGAACGUUUCUCAGAUGUCACAUUUAAUCACCUCAGGGAAGUUGAGAUUAUAAGCUUUAGAGGAACAACGCUUGAGAUGCAGCUUAUCAAGAUUUUGUUAGCCAAGUCUCCAGUAUUGGUGAAAAUGUACAUCGAUCCAGCAAUUCUUAUUGACACAGGAUCAGAAAUUCUUGCUGAGCUAGUAAGUUUUCAGCGUGCAUCACCCGAAGCUGAAAUAGACGUUGAAUAUUAUGGAAAGUUAGAACUGAAUAGGGUAGAAACAAAUGUCGAUAGAGUCGUUUAACACUGUGUUUUGCCUUGUCGUAGUAAGGUAAAGAGACGUGCGAAAACCUGUUUUGGAACAUUUAGCAUUUCUGGAAGGAUGCUUUGAUUAGUUUGUUCUGUAAUAACAU